CCUGAGUGACAGGCUUUGCCUGCGCCUCCGGACCUGGUGUCGCGCCUGUCCCUGCCCACCCCGGGUCCCCUGAGCGACACAGGGAGAGUGCCGUGAAGCCAAGGCAGGGCGUGUAUUUGGGACGUGUCUGGGAGGAAGUGUGGGGCAAACUUUUAUUUCGAUGAAAAGUGACUGCUCGCACAUGGUUUCGGGGCGGAGGGGUGCCAGUACCGCCGGUGGGAUUUUGGUGGGUGAAACACACGAGUGGAAAUGGAGUGGAUGUGGAGCCCAGCGCUUGCGGGGCAGGGUAAGGAGAGGAGCCGAGGUCAGUGACACCUGGGUGUGCAGGGAGAGCGAUUGUUGCCCUGAUGCCUUGGAAUAGAACCCCUCCCCGCCCCAACCUCCCACUGCUGUUGAGUUUAGUUUACGAACCUGGUAUUGACGUAGUGUGCCGCCUAGAAGGCGCUAUCAGAGGUCUCGGUGACAGUUGGCCUAUGUAAGUCUUCUCGGGUGUGGAGUUGAUAAAAGACGUCACAGAUCAUACUCACUCAGUGUGUCUCUGGAUUCGACCAACUGCAGAUGGGAACUAUUUGGAAAAAAAGUUUUCAUCUGUACUGAACAUGUAUGGACAAUUUUUCUUAACAUUGUCCCCUAAACAAUGCAGUAUAGCGUCUAUUUACAUAGCAUUUGCAUUGUAUAAGGUAUGAUAAGUGACCUAGAGACGUUCAAAAUGAAUGGGAUGGGGCAGGUGUUUGGCCCCAUAGUUAAAACUCCACUUGGGAUGCCCACGUCCCAGAUGAGCUCGGGUUCAAGUUCCCCUUGCAAUUCAAAUUCCAGCUUCCUGCUCAUGUUCACCCUGGGAGACAGCAAGUGAUGGCUCAAGUUGGGUCCCUGCUGUCCGUGUGGGAGACUUGGGUUGAGCUCCCAGCUCCUGGCUUCCACCUGAUGCAGCCCCAGCUGUUGGCAUUUGGGGAAUGAAACACCAGGCGGAAGGUCUCUGUCUCUGCCUUUCAAGUAAAUAAAAAUUCAGAAAAAUUAUAAAAUAUGCAGGAGGUUGUUUGGAUUAUAUGCAAAUAAUAGGUCAUUUUAGGUGAGAAAUUUAGCAUCCUCAGAUUUUGGUAUGAGAGCUUGUUCCUGGUUACCAGUCCUCUUCAGUCCCGAGGGGAGGGAAGAUUUACAUAGAAGAGAUGUGUGUUAGGACGUAAGCACAUGGGGUGUGGGGAGCCUAUGAGACUAGUACCGUGGCUCAGCGUGUUAAGCUGCCGCUUGCGACACAGGCAUCUGUAUCAGAGAGCAGCUGCUCUGCUUCAGAUCCAGCUCCCUACUAAUGUGCCUGGGAAAGCAGCAGAGAGCACUGGACGCCUGCACCCAUGUGGGAGACCAGGAUGGAGCUCCUGGCUUCAGCCUGGCCCAAACCUGGCUGUUGCAGCCAUUUGAGGACUGAACCAGUUAGAUGGAAGAUCUCUCUUUUUUUCCUCUAUCACUCUGCCUUUCAAAUAAAUGAAUCUUUUUUACAGAACAUACUGAAACAAAGGACUGUAAAAUAUAAUAUCAGUGUUGAGAGUCUUGCUCAGUGUGUAUCACUGAGGGCAGGGUGUAUGGCUCUUUUGUUCACUGACGUACCCAAACCACCUAAAGUAGUACCCAACACAAAGUAGGUACUCGGUACAUAAUUAGUAAAUAGCGGGGCGAUCUCUGGGGCGUGGAGUCAGAGCCGGACCCUGGUUCUGCCAGUUCCUGGCGGAGUGCUUGUAGGUCAGUCCUGGAACUUGAUGCCCAGCAACAGCUUUCAGACUCCCUGAAGUGCAAGUGACCGCUUCGUAGUGGUGGUUACUGGAGUGCCCCUUGAAAUCGCACUGGAAUAAGGAGCCUGGAAUUAAAAAUGAAAUUUUACUCCCAAAGAAUACUUUUAAGUGAGGAAAUAUAUCAGACUUAUUUUUCUUUUUUAAAAAAUGACUAAUCUUGUGAAAGGCAGAAUGACAGAGCAGGAGACAGAGAGAGCUUCCGUCUGGCGGUUCACUCCCCAGUUGGCUGCAACAGCCAAUUUUGGGCCAGACCAAAGCCAAGAGCCAAGAAGUGCAUCCUGAUCUCCCACAUGGGUGGCAGGAGCUCAAGUACUUGGGCCGUCCUCUACUGCUUUCUCAGGCACAUUAGCAAGAAACUGAGUAGCUGGAACCGGUACCAGCACUCCGAUGUGGGAUGAUAGUGUUUUAAGCCGCAGUUAACCCAUUGUGCCACAAUGCUGGCCCCUAGAUUAAUUUUUGUUAUAAUUGCCUUUGAAUUAGCAUGCCUUUUUUAAAAAAAAAAAAACCAGUUUAGUAUAUUAAUUUUGUCUAAUCCUUGAAAUCUGACAUCUGGCUUCCUUAGUCUUGUAGGUAACAGUUCCUUGCCUUGAUUUGUGCCUUAAAUGAUACUUGUAACAAAUAACUUCAUUGUUUCUUUUUGUAGCUUUGACUAAGUUUAAAAGUUUCUAUUUUGUUCACUAUUUCUACUUUGUUUACUAGCAACUUUCCAGAAAACAUUUAAGACAGCAACACCAAAAACCCAGCAGGUUUAUAGGUAGGAUAACUGAAGAGGGAAGAGAGGACACGCGGAGGGACACGUGGAGAAAGGGAGCGAUGAUUGUACCGGAUGGGUUGGGACUGAGGCAGAGGGUCUGACACAUGCUGUUAGGGAAUAUGUCCAUUCCAGAAUGUCUCUGGCCUUUUGUUUGUUUUAUUCUGUCCAAACUGUGUUGGCUUCCUCCCCACCUCUUUAGUCUGUCAGUCAAUCAUUGGUUGGGAUUUCAGUCCUCCAGGCUCUAAAGCCUUGAUUUGCUUAAUGGGUAGAGUUUAGUAUCUCUGCUGUGUUGUGUUCUAUGACUCACUUAACCUAGUAAUUGAAUUCAAAAUAUACUUAAAAGUCUUGUUUUUAUUGAGUGAUAAUGAGCAGUCACUAAAUAUUAAGCUUUGUGCUACCAUCAUAUAAAACUAGAUAAAGUGGAACUCUAGUCUGUGAGGAAAUUACUUUAACUUUUUUCUUUUAAGAUUUAUUUAUUUGAAAGUCAGAGUGACAGAGAAGAGGGAGAGACAGAGCAAGCGAGUGAGCAAGCAAGAGAGUCCUCUGUUCCAUGCACUGGUUAACUACUCAGAUGCUUGCAACAGCCAUGGCUGGGCCAACCAGAAGUCAGGAGCUAGGAACUCCAUCUGUAUCUCCCACAUGGGUGGCAGGGGCCCAGAUACUAAAGCCAUCAUCUCCUGCCUCCCAGGAUGUGCAAUAGCAGGAAGCUGGUGUGGGACUCUUUCCCAGGCGCUCUGAAAUGGGUUGUUCCAAGGAGUGGCUUAACCCACGGAGCCGUAACACCCACCCUAAAUGAUUAAUCUUUUUUAAAAAAUAAAAAAUAAACUUUAUUUUUAAAAACAGCUUUAGAUAUAUAAGCAAAAUUAUGAAUCUAGUAGAGAGAGUUCUCUUAAACCCUACAUCCCAUUUACCCUAUUAGUAACAUAUCAGAAAAGUGUACAUGUAACAUCUGUUACAGUUACUGAUGAAUAAUGCAAUGAUCACUAUUAUUCAUUCUGAAGUCACUCAACAGUUUUUUUUUUUAAAAGUGGAGGGGCGGGGCUCGCGCUGUGGCACAGCGGGUUAAAGCCCCAGCCUGCAGUGCUGGCAUUCCAUGUGGGUGCCGGUUUGAGUCCCAGCUGCUCUUCUUCCCAUCCAGCUCCCUGCUAUGGCCUGAGAAAGCAGUGGAAGAUGGCCCAAGUCCUUGGGCCCCUGCACCCACGUUGGAGACCUGGAAGAAGCUCCUGGCUCCUGGCUUCGGAUUAGCUCAGCUCUGGCCGUUGCCGUCAUUUGGGGAGUGAACCAGCGGAAUGGAAGACCUCUCUUUCUCUGUCUCUACCUCUCUCUGUAACUGUGUCUUUCAAAUAAAUAAAAAUAAUUCUUUUUAAAAGAAGUGGAGGGGCUAGCACUGUGGCAUAGCAGAUAAAGAUAGCAGCAUACCACAUGGGCUCCUGUUCAAAUUCUGGCUGCUUCAUUUCUGAUGCAGCUCUGCUAAUGGCCUCGGAAAAGCAGCAGAAAAUGGCCCAAGUGCUUGGGCCCCUGCACCCAUGUGGAAGACCCAGAAGAAGCUCCUGGCUCUUGGCUUCCGCCUGGCCCAGCCCUGGCUGUUGGGGCUAUCUGAGGAAUGAGCCUGGUGUUGGAAGAUCUCUCUCUGCUCUAUCUGUUGCUCUCUCUCUGUAACUCUGACUUUCAGAUAAAUAAAUAAAUCAUUUUUAAAAAAGUGGAAUUUCCUAUAGAUUUAAAAAAAAAAGAUUUAUUUGAGAGGCAGAGUUAUAGACAGAGGGAGGGAGAGACAGAGAGAGAGAGGUCUUCCAUAUACUGGUUCACUCUGCAGAUGGCCUCAGUGGCCAGAGCUGGGCCGAUCUGAAGCCAGAUGCUUCUUCCAGGUCAUCUUCUGUUGCUUUCCCUGGACAUUAGCAGGGAGCUGGAUUGGAAAUGAAACAGCUGGGACUCCAACCAGCACCCAUAUGGGAUGCAGCACUGCUGGCGGUGGCUUUACCUGCUAUGCCACAACACUGGCCACAUUCCUACAGUUUUUUUAAUACUGAAAAUAUCUAAGAAAUACUAGAUUGAUCUAUAUCAAGGCUUAAAAAAAAGAUUUAAAAUCAGAAUGACUGGAGGGAAGGAGGGAGGAGGGAGAGAGAGAGAUAUCAUCCACUGGUUCACGCCCUGAAUGCCUGCCACAGCUGGGGCUAGAUCAGGCUGAGCUAGGAGAUAGGAACCCCAUCUGGUCUCCCAUGGGGGUGGUGGGAACAUAAGCACUUGGGCCAUCAUUUGCUGCCUCCCAGCCACAGUAGCAGGAAGCUGGAUCAGAAGCAGAGCAGCCAGGACUCAGUCAGGUACACCAACAUCCCAAGUGGGCAGUUAACCUCCUGUGCUUCAGUUCCUGCCCCAGACUGAUUUUUUCCUUAAUCAGCCUUAUAAUGGUAAAAAUUUACAUACAGUAAGUUUAUCCAUUGUACAUACGUAUAUAGUUUAGUGAAUUUUCAUAAAAUAGUUGCUCACAUAACCACCCUAUCAGCAGCUAUGAUUUGAGUAACUUCUCUUCCAUUACUUGAUCUCCAGUUUUAAAUGGAUGAAGCAACUGAAGUAUAGAAAAUGUUCUCACCCCAAGAAAGUUCCCCCUGUUCCUUUCCAUUUUAUCCCUUACACUGCCUUAGCCCCUGGCAGCCAUUCUUGGCAGCCAUUGAUAUGCUUUCUGUUGCUAGCUUUGCCUUUUCUAGAAUCAUCCUAUAGAACACCUUGUAAGUGGCAUGUGUGACAUUUUGUGUCUCUUAGUCUAUCCAUUGAUAUUUUUGUUUCCAUUGAUAUUUUGUAUCCAUUGAUAUGUUUCCACUUUUUGGCUGUUAUAAAUAAAGCUGUCCCGAACAUUGCUGUGCAGGCCUUUGCGAGAAAUGUCUUCAUUUCUCUGUGUUGGAUAGUUAGAAAUUAUAUGCUAGCUUGUAUGGUUACUGUUUUUAACUUUAUAAAAAGAAAACUGGGAAACCUUCCCAAAGUGGCUCUACCAUUUUGCAUUCCCACUCCUCACCAGCAAUAGGCAGUGUAUCAUUGAGAUGUUGACUGCUCUUGUGGAUAGGUCAUGGUAUCGCAUUGUGGUUUGUUUGGUUGGUUUUUUUAUAUUUUAUUUAUUUAUUUGAGAAGUAGAGUUACAGACAAUGAGAGGGAGAGACAGAGAAAGGUCUUUCAUCCUUUGGUUCAUUCUCCAAAUAGUAGCAAUGGCUGGAGCUGGACCAAUCUGAAGCCAGGAGCCAGGAGCCAGGAGCUUCUUCUGGUGGGGGUAAAGGGGCCCGGCCCAAGUGCUUGGGGCCAUCUUCCACUGCUUUCCCAGGCCAUAGCAGAGAGUUAGCUCAGAAGAUGAGCAGCUGGGACUUGAACUGGCACCCAUAUGGGAUGCUGGCACUGCAGGUGGAGGAGUAACCCACAGUGCCACAGCGCUGGCCCCUCACAUUGUUUGUUUGUUUUUUUAAAAGAAUUAUUUAUUUAUUUGAAAGUCAGAGUUACACAGAGAGCAAAGGAGAGGCAGAGAGAGAGAUCUUCCAUCCACUGGUUCACUCCCCAGUUGGCCGCAACGGCUGGAGCUGCUCCGAUCCAAAGCCAGGAGCCAGGAGCUUCUUCCAGCUCUCCCAUGUGAGUGCAGGGGCCCAAGGACUUGUGCUGUUUUCCACUGCUUUCCCUGGCCACAGUAGAGAGCUGGAUGGGAAGUGGAGCAGCUGGGUCUCGGAUGCCAGCACUGCAGGUGGUGGCUUUACCUGCUACACCACAGCAUGGGCCCACAUUGUAAUUUUAAUGAGCAUUUCUCAACCACUGAUGAUGUUGAAUAUUUUUAAGGAGAUUUAUUUGUCUGUUGGUUUAUUAAUGUGAAAGGCAGAGCAACACAAAGAGAGGGAAAAACAGAAAGAGAAACAUCUUCCAUCUACUGAUUCAUAGCUAAGUCCAGUCCAGGCCGAAGCCAAGACCCAAAACUCUAUCCAGGUCUCCCACGUGGAUGGCAGGGGCCCAAGUACAUCAUCUUCUGCUGCCUUCCCAGGUGUAUUACCAGGAAGCUGGAUUGGAAGCAGAGCAGCUGGGACUUGAACUGGUGCUCUGAUAUGGGGUGUUGGUGUUGCAAGUGGUAGCCUAACUUGCUGUACCACAUGUGUGGCCUUGAUGUUGAGCAUUUUUUGGUGCAUUUAUUUGUCAUUUCUGUGUAUUUUUUGGUAUCUGUUGAAAUUUUGCCACUUGAAAAAAAAAUUUCUAGGGGCGAGUGUUGUGGCAUAACAGGUUAAGCUGCACUUGCGUCACCAGAAUCCCAUAUGGGUUGCUGUCUUGGCUGCUCCAGUCCUGAUCCAGCUCUCUACUAAUGUGCCUGGAAAAGAAAAAGAAGAUGGCCCAAGUACUUGGUCCCCUACCACCUACGUGGGAGACCCAGAUGAAGCUUCUGGCUUCAGCCUUGCCCAGUCCUGGCUGUUGCAGCCGUUUGGAGAGUGAACCAAUGGUUGGAAGAUCUCUCUUUCUGUCUUUCCUCUUCUUUCUGUAAAACUAUCUUUCAAAUAAAUAAAUUUUUCUACUUACUUAUUUCUACUUACUUAUUUCAAGACAGAGACAAAGAGAGCUCCCACUGCUUUAUCAGUGUCAGGUGUGGGAGGGCAGUUGCAAAGCCAGGAGCUGGACACACAAUCCAGGUCUCCCAUGGGGUAGCAAGAACCAACUACUUGAACUGUCACUGCUGUGUCCCAGGGUCUGCACUGGUGAAAAGCUGAACAAAGGAGCUGGAGCCGGCUAUCUGGUAUCAAGCCCAGGUCAUCCAAUGUGGAACACAGUGUGCCAACCAGUAGCCAAAAGCCCACCCUUUUCCCAAUUUUUUUGGGCUAUUUAUCUUAUUAUUGAAUUAUAGAACGUAUUUAUAUGAAGACUUAUUUUAAAAUUUCUUCAACAGAACAGCAUAUGGUUUGGAGUUUACCUCCAGUGUUUCAUUGAACAUAGUGAAAGGCUCUUAUGUCCUUACCUGGAAUAUAAAUGCUAUUUUACAUGUGUAAAUAACUAAAAAAAUGGAUCUAAUAGAAGACUGAAGUAUUUUUUUUGUGCCACUCCCUUUGGCCAAGGUGAGUGAACGCACUUAUCCAAACCUGUUCUGGUGAAUGUCGAGGGGUUUUUGUUGUUGUUGUUGGUCAGGGUCCAGCCGCGGUCAGAACCCAGCUAUGGCUGUGUUUCAGGUGUUUAUUUAAUCCUAUCUGUCUGUUCCGGUCUGUUUCAUCUUCCUCAUAUCACUCUGUGGGAGCUGACCAACUGCCAGAUAAACUUUUAGAGGCACUGAAGAUCCAUUACAAAGUCAAGUGGAAUAAAUGCUGGCUCAUGUACACAUGAGAUUCGGAUAUCACGUUAAUUAUCGAAGGAGGAAGAGUGGCUUAUUUUACAUUGUGAUCUGUGAGAAUGAUGGUGUUUUCGUUACAUGUGUAUUUGGCCAAAUAAAGCACUUGAGUAAAAUUAGAAAUGGAGCCAUUAAUUGUUGGAUUAUUGUGAUGUAUUUACUGUCAUUGCUCUUGAUAGACUGAAGGAGAUCGCAUUUCAAUUAUGACUCUUCCUUAAUAAAAAUAUUGAUAUUUUCCUGUGCGUCUCCUCAGAAAUACACACAGACACACUAGCAGCUGUGGAUUGAGUGAGUUCUUUCCCAGUGCUCGAUAUCCAGUUUUUUGUGUGCUUUUCUUUUUUAAGAUUGAUUGAUUUGAAAGGCAGAGUGACAGAGAAGGAGACAGGAAAAAGAAAGAUCUUUCUUGCACUGAUUUAUUCCUCAAAUACCUGCAGCAGCCAGAACUGACCCAGACUGAAGCCAAGAGCCAGUAACUCCAUUCAGGUCUCCCGUGGACGUGGGCCGUCCUCUGCUGCCUCCCAGGUGCAUGAGUAGGGAGCUGGACUGGAAGCAGAGCAGCUGGAACUCAAACAGAGGCCUGCUGGUCGAGCUGAUUCAGAGAAGUAUUUACAGCCUUGGUGAGCAUGAGAUUGCGUCAUGCACAAGACUGGAGGGAUGAAGUUAAUAAAAUAAGGCCCUUUCCGAAUGGCAUGAAGAGGACUGAAACCUGACUACUGUGUAAAAAUAGUGGUGGCUGAGAUCUUCCAGUGUUCCUGGUUUGGGGGCAUCCUGCGGAGGGUUCCAGUUGACUAAAACCACUGUGUGUUCUCUUUUGCAAAGCUGAGCUCUUGGCUUGCCUUUGUGUCGCUGUUCCUCUGAAGAGCAAAGCGCCAACAGAGCCCCCGUGCUUCCCGGACACUCCGGGAAGUGGGCGAAGGUCUUCCACUUUGCAGCGAAAUUCACAUUCACGUACCAGAAGCCAUCAUUCGCAGUGUUCUCGGCGUCUGUGUAUCUUGCUGUUAAUUUGGAGCUGAGAUCUUGCUGUUGUCACGUCCUACUUUUAUUACUAGCAUAAUGGAUAUACCAAAUCCCCCGACUUCCAAAUGUAUCACUUAUUGGAAAAGAAAAGUAAAAUCUGAAUAUAUGCGACUUCGACAGCUUAAACGGCUUCAGGCAAACAUGGGUGCGAAGGCUCUGUAUGUGGCAAACUUUGCAAAGGUUCAAGAAAAAACUCAGAUCCUCAAUGAAGAAUGGAAGAAGCUUCGUGUCCAGCCUGUGCAGUCAAUGAAGCCUGUGAGUGGGCAUCCUUUUCUCAAAAAGUGUACCAUAGAGAGCAUUUUCCCAGGAUUUGCGAGCCAGCAUAUGUUAAUGAGGUCUCUGAACACUGUUGCGUUGGUUCCCAUCAUGUAUUCCUGGUCCCCUCUCCAGCAGAACUUUAUGGUGGAAGAUGAGACCGUUUUAUGCAACAUUCCCUACAUGGGAGAUGAAGUGAAAGAAGAGGACGAGACUUUCAUUGAGGAGCUGAUCAACAACUAUGACGGGAAAGUCCACGGUGAAGAAGAGAUGAUCCCGGGAUCGGUCCUGAUCAGUGACGCUGUCUUCCUGGAGCUGGUGGACGCCCUGAAUCAGUACUCGGAUGAGGAGGAGGAGGGGCACAAUGACGCCUCGGACGGGAAGCCGGAGGACAGCAAGGAAGACCUGCCAGUCACGAGAAAGAGGAAGCGCCUCGCCAUGGAAGGCAACAAGAAGAGUUCCAAGAAGCAGUUCCCAAAUGACAUGAUCUUCAGCGCGAUCGCCUCGAUGUUCCCUGAGAGUGGAGUCCCAGAUGACAUGAAGGAGAGGUAUCGAGAGCUAACGGAGAUGUCAGACCCCAAUGCGCUGCCCCCUCAGUGCACACCCAACAUCGAUGGCCCCAAUGCCAAGUCAGUGCAGCGGGAGCAGUCUCUGCACUCCUUCCACACACUUUUUUGCCGGCGCUGCUUUAAGUACGACUGCUUCCUUCACCCCUUUCAUGCCACCCCUAACGUAUAUAAACGCAAGAACAAAGAAAUCAAGAUAGAACCAGAACCCUGUGGCACAGACUGCUUCCUUUUGCUGGAGGGCGCAAAGGAGUACGCCAUGCUCCAUAACCCCCGCUCCAAGUGCUCUGGCCGGCGCCGGCGAAGGCACCACGUGGUCAGUGCUUCCUGCACCAACACGUCGGCCUCUGCUGUGGCUGAGACUAAAGAAGGAGACAGUGACAGGGACACAGGCAAUGACUGGGCCUCCAGCUCUUCAGAGGCCAACUCCCGCUGUCAGACGCCCACAAAGCAGAAGGCCAGUCCUGCCCCGCCCCAGCUCUGCGUGGUGGAGGCGCCGUCGGAGCUUGUGGAGUGGACCGGGGCUGAGGAGUCGCUCUUUCGCGUCUUCCAUGGCACCUACUUCAACAACUUCUGUUCCAUAGCCAGGCUUCUGGGGACCAAGACAUGCAAGCAGGUCUUUCAGUUUGCAGUGAAAGAGUCGCUUAUCCUGAAGCUGCCAACAGAUGAGCUCAUGAACCCCUCGCAGAAGAAGAAGAGAAAGCACAGACUGUGGGCUGCACACUGCAGGAAAAUUCAGCUCAAGAAAGAUAACUCUUCCACGCAAGUGUACAACUACCAGCCCUGCGACCACCCGGACCGCCCCUGCGACAGCACCUGCCCCUGCAUCAUGACUCAGAAUUUCUGCGAGAAGUUCUGCCAGUGCAACCCAGACUGUCAGAACCGCUUUCCCGGCUGCCGCUGUAAGACCCAGUGCAACACCAAGCAGUGUCCUUGCUACCUGGCAGUGCGAGAGUGUGACCCCGACCUGUGCCUCACCUGCGGGGCCUCGGAGCACUGGGACUGCAAGGUGGUUUCCUGCAAGAACUGCAGCAUCCAGCGUGGACUCAAGAAGCACCUGCUGCUGGCCCCCUCGGAUGUGGCCGGAUGGGGCACCUUCAUUAAGGAGUCUGUGCAGAAGAACGAGUUCAUUUCUGAGUACUGUGGGGAGCUCAUCUCUCAGGAUGAGGCAGACCGCCGAGGGAAGGUCUACGACAAAUACAUGUCCAGCUUCCUCUUCAACCUCAACAACGACUUUGUUGUGGAUGCCACGCGGAAAGGAAACAAAAUUCGAUUUGCAAACCAUUCCGUGAACCCCAACUGUUACGCCAAAGUGGUCAUGGUGAACGGAGACCAUCGCAUCGGGAUCUUUGCCAAGAGGGCGAUUCAGGCAGGCGAAGAGCUCUUCUUUGACUACAGGUACAGCCAAGCCGACGCCCUCAAGUACGUGGGGAUUGAGAGGGAGACUGACGUCCUCUAGCUGCCCGCCCCCGCCCGCGACACAGUGGCGGCACCAUCCUUGCUUUCACGCACGCACCACUGCUGCUGAGUUCCGUACUCUGUGUCUUCCACGCCGAGAAAUCCCCCGCCUACUCCCUCUGUUGCGAGGCCUCAGCUGCAUCCCGUGGGGGUGGAAGGGGAGACAGAGGCAGAGCAAGCUGCGACAGAGUGGGGCUGCCCCCCAGGGCUCAGAGGAGGAGUGCACAGCUGGGUGGUCAGCCUAGGCUCAGUUCUGGUCUGCAGGCCACAGCGGGCACCCCAGGCAGUCCCUACCAACCGCCAGCCCAACGCGGAGCUUUCCUGACCGAGGGUCCUGGUGUCACUGAGGUGCCAGGCGUAGCUCAGAGGGCCUGAGACCUGGACAGGACAGGCUGAGCGGAGCCCGGUCCCUGGAGCCUGUGUGAGUUAGGGGCAAGCCUGACCGGCAGCACAGCCGCAGAGGGAGAUGGGUGCCCCCGCCACCUCUUCCCCAGUGAGGGCAGGGUUCCGUCCGCGGGCAGGCAGGGUCCAAGUCCAGGCUGGAUGCUAGAGGAAGCAAGUGAGGGCCGCCCUCCCGUGGGCAGAGCGGGAGAAGCAGCCCGCCGUCCCCAGUACAGCUGCCAGGUUGGAGAACGCCAUCUCCAUGCACCAUGCAGAUAGAUGGAGAUGUGCUCGUGCCUUCCAGGAGCAGGGGAGUGCCCAGCUCCCUCUGACAGCCUGGCCUCCGGCUGCAGGCGGGCCACUUCCUGGAGAGGCCAGGCCUGGGGCCAGUGCUGCUGGUGUCUUCAGGGUAUAUGGGCAAGGCCUGGCCUGGGGAGGGAGAAGUUGUAGGCGCGACUCCCUGUUCACAGCACCUGCUGUUGGAAAGCACGAGUUGGCUGGAAGUGGAGGGGUGUAGUUAGGAUGGCAGCGCACGUGCCGGGCAGGGAAGCCCCCGCCCCAGUCUGUGUUGCCUCCUCUUGGGGCUUGAUGCAGAGCAAAGCACUUUAUUUGAGCAAGUCUGGGACUGGGGUGAUGGCUGAGCCGAGGUCGCAGGGCCCCUACUCAGUCCCACCCCAGAGGGGGGAGCACGUGGGCUGGAAGAGUCUCCUCCAGUUCUGUCUCACCUCCUCGGGGGGCAGCAGGAGCCAAGAGAACGGAGCCGGCAAGAGCUGCCUGCUGUGUGGCUGCAGUGCUGCGCUGGUGGGGAGCGAGGCGCGCGCCGGGGAGGAAGGAGUCGGGCAGGCUCAGAGUCUGGUCCCUGGCCUCCGCUGACCACUCCCUCCCUCCCUCCCCCCUACUGGCUGUCCCGGGAAGGCAGAAGUGGGGCUCCCUAUGGCCACAGCGCUCUGGGACACGCACGCUCACACACACACACACACACACUCUCACCACACUGGCGGGCACACACCCAGCCAGCUCCUGAUAGCACCUCUUCCCCUCGCUGAGCCAGCCGCCGCCUGGACCUGCUGCGGUUUGCCUUGUGCGUCAGGGAUGCCCCUGGCUGGACUCUGGCUCUGCAUUACUCCCCAGGGGAAGAGCAGAGGCAGAGACGCAGGAGGGAGCAGGCCAGUGUGAAACCCAGGGGGCUAGGCUGCCCCACCUUCUCAGUGAGCAGCCAGGGACUGGCCCUGCUCCCCAGUUCCAGGCCGCAGGUACUCCUGCACCUCCACACCCCUCCCCCAUUCCUGCUGUCCCCCACUUCUAAUGACGGGUCUUGACCCCUCUGCCCUGCACGCCUUGAUGGGUGGCGCAGGGUGGCGGGCACUGGAGAGGCUGGAGGACGUGCGGCUUUGUCGCCAGUGAACUCCGCGCACUUUAAAGUCGUGUGGCUUGUGACCUCUCAAUCUGAAUAAAGUGUCAGAAUCCACCUGG